AUGCAGCUCCCCUCGAUCCUUCAGACUAGCUUUGUUUUGGCUCUUGCCUUCUCAAACGUUGCAUUUGCUUGCAACGGACGUGACCAGGAUUGCUGCUGGAAAGAUGUCAACGGUUGUCUGAACCAGCACUCUGGACCCAUCCAAGAUAACGAUGUGUGUAUAAGUCAGAAGUACUUAGACCAGAUGUGCAAGAAGUUCAAUGUCUCCUGUGGUGCCGAUUGCUGUAGCAUCAGCACUGGAAAAGGCAGGGCCUGCCCCAAAUAG